GUGGUAUCGCUGUCGUCCGGCUCGGCAGCAACGAGCAGCAGGCGCCCCUCCCCCUUUAGAGGCUCUCUCUGGUCAGCUGCUCGAGCUCGCCAAUAUUUUGGAUUUUUCGGCCGAUUCGCCCAAAUUUAUACCGCCUGGUGAGUUGCGCAGAGGCCUUGCCGUGUCCCUGAUGACCGCACCAACAUGCCGAAGAACCAUAAGUUAGCUGCAUGAAGUUGCUGCAUGGCCGCCUUCCUGAGUCGCACGCCGAUGGCCGCCCCCGCCGCUAACGGCCGGCCGCCCGUCGGCCUGCCCGCAGACAUGGUCCGUAAAGUGCGCGACAAUUCUCCGUUGCAGGUGUUCGUCAACGCCAAGCGCAAGAUCAACGACAUUUACGUCGAGAUCGAGGACUACGUCAAGGACUCCGUCGCGUACAUGAGAUCUGUGCAAAAUAAUGAGCAGCUGUUUGCAAACGAUGACUUCAAGAUUGUCGAGAGCCACAUCAACAAAGUUCGAGGAAUCCGUGAUGUGUUGCUCAGGGAUCACAUGAAGGUCGCCUUUUUCGGCAGGACAAGUAAUGGUAAAAGUACAGUAAUAAACGCCAUGUUGCGGGACAAAAUUCUGCCGAGCGGAAUAGGACACACGACCAACUGCUUUCUGCAGGUGGAAGGUUCUGAGACGGGCGAGGCCUACCUCGUUACUGAGGACUCCAGUGAGAAGCAAAAUGUUAAAUCUGUGGGGCAGCUGGGUCACGCGCUGUGCAAGGAGAAGCUGAAGGAGAGCCAGAUGGUGCGCAUCUUCUGGCCCAAGGAGAAAUGCUUGCUGCUACGCGACGACGUCGUGCUGGUCGACUCUCCUGGAAUAGACGUCACGCCCAACUUGGACGAGUGGAUUGACAAACACUGCCUCGACGCUGAUGUAUUUGUUUUGGUUGCCAACGCCGAGUCAACACUUAUGGUCACGGAGAAAAACUUUUUCCACAAAGUAUCGCAGCGUCUCUCCAAGCCGAAUAUUUUCAUCCUGAAUAACAGGUGGGACGCAGCAGCUUCUGAGCCUGAUUAUAUGGACGAGCAUCCCAUUGACACGUCCGAAGAGGUCAGAGGCCAGCACACAGAACGGACAAUCGACUUCCUUGUCUCGGAACUUAAAGUUUGCUCGAGCGACGAGGCAGCACAGCGCAUCUUCUUCGUCUCAGCCAAGGAGGCCCUGCAAGCCAGGCUCCAAGAGCAGAAUGGACACCCCGCGCACACUGGUGCGCUGGCGGAGGGUUUCCAGAAGCGAUACUUCGAGUUCCAGGACUUUGAGAAGAAGUUCGAGGAGUGCAUCUCGCAGUCGGCCGUGAAAACCAAAUUCGAGCAGCACUCGCAGCAGGGCCAGCUGGUGGUGAGCGAGGUGAAGCGAGUGAUGGACGCCAUCUACGAAAAGUGCCUCAAGACCAGGGCUGAAAAGCUGCUGAUGAAGAAGGAGGUGCAGGACCGGCUCAACUUCACAGAGAAAAACCUUAUGCUGCUCACCCAAGAGAUGAAGGACAAGAUUCACCAAAUGGUCGAGGACGUCGAACAACGUGUGUCGAAAGCGCUGAGCGAGGAGAUUCACCGACUGUCGACGCUAGUGGACGAGUUCAACCUGCCGUUCCACCCAGAGCCGCUGGUGCUGAACGUGUACAAAAAGGAGCUGCACGUGCACGUGGAGAACGGCCUGGGCAGCAACCUGCGGGCGCGGCUCUCGACGGCGCUGGCGCUCAACAUGGAGACGAGCCAACGCGAAAUGACGGACCGCAUGGCGGACCUGCUGCCCGCCGACAAGAAGCAGGUCUCGCUCACCAUCCUGCCGCGCCGCGAGCCCUUCGAGAUCCUCUACCGGCUCAACUGCGACAACCUGUGCGCCGACUUCCACGAGAACCUUGAAUUCCGGUUCUCGUGGGGAAUCACAUCGCUGAUUGCGAGGUUCAUGCGCGGCCGCAGCGCGGACGUCGCCGUCCUCAACAGGGUCGAAAGGAUUCCGCAUCCUCUGACGCCACUUGGGGACCCUGGUCACCAGGUUUCGCUGCAGAGAAGCGUUUCUAACGAGGACUGGUCCUUCCUGUCGAAAAUCGCCGUCGCCUCAAUUUCCUCUCAAGGCACUGUCGGCGGAAUGCUCGUCGCCGGAUUUAUGCUGAAAACGGUGGGUUGGCGGCUGAUCCUGGUGUCGGGCGCCAUCUACGGCUGUCUCUACAUGUACGAGCGACUCACGUGGACCAACAAGGCCAAGGAGCGCACUUUCAAGAAGCAGUACGUCAACCACGCGACCAACAAACUCAAGCUGAUCGUCGACCUCACCUCGGCCAACUGCAGCCACCAAGUCCAACAGGAGCUGUCGAGCACGUUCGCCCGGCUGUGCCACCUGGUGGACGAGAGCACGGAGGACAUGAGCGGCAGGGUGAAGGCGCUGGAGAAGGAAGUGAAGCUGCUGGAAGAGUCGGCCAACUCUGCCAAGGUUCUGCGCAACAAGGCCAACUACGUGGCUCGCGAGCUGAACCUCUUCGACGAGGCCUACCUCCGCCAGCAAGACUAAACUUAAGGAAAUUUUGCUUGUUGUCUAGUCUGCGCACGGAGGCACGGCCCGCCCCGGCCGACGGUAGAGCAUUUUUUCAACGACGCAGCUUGUUGCAUGGAUUUCCUUCCUCUUAGACUGUGUACCCGAUUUAACAUUACUCGAUAAUAAAUUACUGUUGCAGUUUA